AUGCACUACCAGUGGUCUACAGGCUUUAUGAACAAGAUCACGGGACUCGGUAAUACGAAGUUGAGUGUUGCCUAUGCUUUUCACAUUGGCAACAAUGCAAUUCUGGAUGAGUUCACCGAUUAUGUCAAAGCCUCCACGUUUAACACCGACGUCCCAUCCGUAUGCGCGUUUCGAGUCAACGGAGUCACUAAAGAGGAUGCAAACUGGGAACUCGGUGCUAUUCUUCCUGCCAUUUCAACGGCAGCAUCAUGA